AUGAUCAAUGACUGUAACAGAUUUCUAGAAUAUAACUCAAUCCCAAAGCUGGAGUUUAAUCCCAACAUCUUCUUACUGUAUGACGACCAUAAGAAGUGGGUUACAGAGUCCAGAGUCCGUUUGGAGGACUGCAGUAGCUCCCGAACAGUGCUCUUUUUAAGAUACAAAGUGAUUAUCCUUGACGAAGUUCAUGAUAGAAGUUUAGCCACAGAUUUACUUGUUGGUAUUCUUAACCGCACCUUGAUUAGCCGACCUGAUCUUAAGCUUGUUGUGAUGAGUGCUACCCUACAGGCUUUUAACAGAGAGUAUUUUAGAGGUGCGCCUCUCAUCAAAGUCCCUUCUGGUAGGCUCCUCCAUCCAGUGGAGAUCUUGUACACUCGACAACCUGUGAUGGACUAUCUCGAGUCUUCCAUAAGCAAAGUUAUCGAGAUUCACAUGUGUGAACCAACAGGUGACGUUCUUGUUUUCUUGACCGGGGAAGAAGAGAUUGAACAUGCUUGCAGCAGAAUUGUCCGUAGUCUUGGAGAUCAAGUCACAGUUGUGCCCUUGUAUUCCUCUCUUCCACCAGCUCUGCAACACAAGAUCUUCGAUCCUACACCACCACCACAUGCAGUGAGAAAGAUCAUCGUCUCCACCAACGUUGCUGAGACUUCUUUGUCCAUGGACGGGAUUGUUUACGUGGUUGAUCCUGGUUUCUCCAAGCAAAAGAACUAUAGUUUUCUCACUACUGACGAGCUCUGGUUUGUGUCCCGAAUAUCACAAGCAAGCGCUUACCAGAGAGCAGGACGUGCCGGUAAAAUAUGUUUCAGGCUCUACACUGAGAAUACUUUCAAUGACUUCAUGGAUGGGGAGACUCCUGAGAUACUUAGAUCACACCUUGUUAUAACAGUUUUGAUUUUGAAAAGGCUGGGUGUGGACGACUUGACAUUUUUUGAAUAUAUAGAUCCUCCUUGCACUCGAAUGCUCCUUCGGGCCUUGACCGAUUUGUUUCAUCGGGGAGCUGUGGAUGACCAAGGUAACCUGACAAAUAUAGGCCAUAUGAUGGAGAGUUUGGAAGAGCCACUUUGAAUUCUUUUUAUAAAGUUCUUAAUUUUUUUCUUGUGUUGCAGAGAGAAACUAAUAGAUAUGGAAAUUUAUUAUAAGCGCCUAGCGUCACUUGUUUUUUAUAAAUAAAAUUAUUUAAUUUAUUUGUAGAUUUCCUAAACUUUGAAUUUUUACAAGUUAUUUUCAUAAUGAAGAAAUAGCUUCUUUAAUGGAAAUAAUCACGAUUGGUGUUGUGAUAUGGUCUGUUUUGUUUUCUCUACUACAAGCUAUAGCUAGUGUUCGCCUUAACAAAAG